AAGCAAGCCAAUUCAACUUAAGGCAGCGUGACUGAGAACCGCAGCCAUGUCCGACUUUGUGGAAAGCGAAGCGGAGGAAUCGGAGGAAGAGUACGACGCAGACGGAGAAGUGGUCACGAGACCACCCAAAAAGUUUGUGGAAGAUGAAGAUGAGGAGGAGGAAGAGGAGAACCUGGACGACCAGGAUGAACAAGGGAACCUGAAAGGCUUCAUCAAUGACGACGACGAUGAAGACGAGGAGGAGGAGGAAGAGGCCAGCGAUUCAGGAGACUCGGAGGAUGACGUUGGCCGGAAGAAGAGAAAACGCAAUUUUGAUGACCGCCUGGAAGACGAUGACUUUGACCUCAUUGAAGAAAACCUGGGUGUCAAAGUGAAACGCCAAAAAUUCAGGCGGGUACGGAAAAUGUCGGACGAUGAAGACGAGAAGGAGGAAGAUUAUGGGAAGGAGGAGCACGAGAAGGAAGCCAUUGCGGAAGAGAUCUUCCAGGACGGGGAAGGCGAGGAGGGGGGCGAUGGAGGCGAAGGGCACCUGGCCGCAGCUGACGAGGAGGAGGAUGAAGAGGAAGACGAGUCUGACAUUGAUGACUUCAUUGUGGAUGAUGACGGACAACCCCUGAAGAAGCCCAAAUGGAGGAAGAAGCUCCCUGGAUACACAGACGCAGCUUUGCAAGAAGCUCAGGAGAUCUUUGGCGUGGACUUCGACUACGAUGAGUUUGAAAAGUACAAUGAGUACGAUGAGGAGAUGGAGGACGAGUACGACUACGAGCCUGAAGAGACGGAAGGGGAGAUCCGGGUCCGGCCCAAGAAGACGGCCAAGAAGCGGGUCAGCCGACGCAGCAUUUUCGAGAUCUACGAACCCAGCGAGCUGGAGAGCAGCCACCUGACCGACCAGGACAACGAGAUCCGCGUGACCGACAUGCCCGAGAGGUUCCAGCUGCGCUCCAUCCCCGUGAAGAGCGCGGAAGACGAUGAGCUGGAAGAAGAAGCCGACUGGAUCUACCGGAACGCCUUUGCUAUGCCCACCAUCUCCCUGCAGGAGAGUUCCGAUUACUUGGAUCGUGGCCAGAGCAGCAGCAGCAGCUUCAGCCGCAAGGGGCCCAGCACCAUCCAGAAGAUCAAGGAAGCCCUCAACUUCAUGAGGAACCAACACUUUGAGGUGCCCUUCAUCGCCUUCUACCGGAAGGAGUACGUGGAGCCCGAGCUGCACAUCAAUGAUCUCUGGAGGGUCUGGCAGUGGGACGAGAAGUGGACCCAGCUGAAGAUCCGUAAGCAGAACCUGACCCGCCUCUUUGAGAAGAUGCAGGCCUACCAGUACGAGCAGAUCUCUGCCGACCCAGACAAGCCCCUGGCUGACGGCAUCCGGGCCCUGGACACCACCGAUAUGGAGAGGCUGAAGGACGUGCAGUCGAUGGACGAGCUGAAGGACGUCUACAACCAUUUCCUGCUCUAUUACGGCCGAGACAUCCCCAAAAUGCAGAAUGCCGCCAAAGCCAGCCGCAAGAAACACAAGCGCGUCCGGGAGGAUGGCGAGGAGGAGGAAGGCGAGAGAGAGGACGGAGAGGAGGAAGAGCAGAAGGGGCCUGAGCUCAAGCAGGCCUCCCGCCGGGACAUGUACACCAUCUGCCAAACGGCAGGUCUAGAUGGCCUGGCCAAGAAGUUUGGGCUGACCCCCGAGCAGUUUGGAGAGAAUCUCCGGGACAGCUACCAGCGCCACGAGACCGAACAGUUUCCCGCAGAACCCUUGGAGCUGGCGAAGGAUUAUGUGUGCAGCCAGUUCCCCACCCCCGAGGCCGUGCUGGAAGGGGCCUGCUACAUGGUGGCCCUGCAGAUCGCCCGGGAGCCCCUGGUCCGGCAGGUGCUGCGCCAGACCUUCCAGGAGCGGGCAAAGAUCAACGUGGCCCCCACCAAGAAGGGCAAGAAGGACGUGGACGAGGCCCACUACGCCUACUCCUUCAAGUACCUGAAGAACAAGCCGGUCAAGGAGCUGCGGGACGAGCAGUUCCUGAAGAUCUCUCUGGCCAGAGAGGAAGGCCUGCUGACCAUUGACAUCUCCGUGGACAUGAAGGGCGUGGACGGCUAUGGCAACGACCAGAGCUACUUCGAGGAAAUCAAGGCCUUCUACUACCGGGACGAGUUCAGCCACCAGGUGCAGGAGUGGAACCGGCAGCGCACGCUGGCCAUCGAGCGGGCCCUGCGCCAGUUCCUCUACCCACAGAUGGCCAAGGAGCUCACCAACAAGCUCCUGCUGGAAGCCAAGGAGUGCGUCGUCAAGGCCUGUAGCCGGAAGCUGUACAACUGGCUGAAGGUGGCCCCUUACCGGCCCGACCAGCAAGUGGAGGAGGACGAAGACCUCAUGGAGGAGAACCAGGGGAAGGGCAUCCGGGUGCUGGGCAUCGCCUUCUCCUCAGCCAGGAACCACCCGGUCUUUUGCGCCCUGCUCAACGGGGAAGGUGAAGUCACGGAUUUCCUGCGCCUGCCGCAUUUCACCAAGAGGAGGAACGCCUGGCGGGAGGAGGAGAGGGAGAAGAAGGCUCAGGAUAUUGAGACCCUGAAGAAGUUCCUGCUGAGCAAGAAACCCCAUGUGGUCACCAUUGGGGGAGAAAACAGGGAUGCGCAGAUGCUGGUGGAAGAUGUGAAGCGGAUUGUCCACGAACUGGAGCAGGGCCAGCAGCUGUCCUCCAUCGGCGUGGAGCUGGUGGACAAUGAACUGGCCACACUUUACAUGAACAGCAAGAAGUCGGAGAACGAGUUCAGGGACUAUCCGCCCGUCUUGCGCCAAGCCGUCUCCCUCGCUCGACGCAUCCAGGACCCGCUGUUCGAGUUUGCCCAGGUCUGCAGCCCUGACGAGGAUAUUCUCUGCCUCAAGCUUCACCCCAUGCAGGACCAUGUGGUGAAGGAAGAGCUGCUGGGCUCCCUCUACUGCGAGUUCAUCAACCGGGUAAACGAGGUGGGCGUGGACGUCAACCGGGCCAUCGCCCACCCCCACAGCCAGGCCCUCCUGCAGUUCGUCUGCGGCCUGGGACCCCGCAAGGGAGCCCACCUGCUGAAGAUCCUGAAGCAGAACAACACCCGGCUGGAGAACCGGACCCAGCUGGUCACCAUGUGCCACAUGGGGCCCAAAGUCUUCAUCAACUGCGCCGGCUUCAUCAAGAUCGACACGGCCUCCCUGGGAGACAGCACGGACUCCUACAUCGAGGUCCUGGACGGCUCCAGGGUCCACCCAGAAACCUACGAAUGGGCCCGGAAGAUGGCGGUCGACGCUCUGGAGUACGACGAGUCGGCCGAAGACGCAAACCCAGCUGGGGCCCUGGAGGAGAUCCUCGAAAACCCGGAACGCCUGAAGGACCUGGAUCUUGACGCCUUCGCAGAGGAGCUGGAGAGACAGGGCUACGGCGACAAGCACAUCACCCUGUACGACAUCCGAGCGGAGCUGAGCUGCCGCUACAAGGACCUGCGGAGCCCCUAUCGCUCCCCCAAUUCUGAGGAGGUCUUCAACAUGUUGACCAAGGAGACCCCCGAAACCUUCUACAUCGGUAAACUCAUCAUCUGCAACGUGACGGGAAUCGCCCAUCGGCGGCCGCAAGGAGAGAGCUACGACCAGGCCAUCAGGAACGACGAGACGGGGCUCUGGCAGUGCCCCUUCUGCCAGCAGGACAACUUCCCCGAGCUGAGCGAGGUCUGGAACCAUUUUGACAGCGGCUCCUGCCCUGGCCAGGCCAUCGGGGUGAAAACCCGCCUGGACAACGGCGUCACCGGUUUUAUCCCCACCAAAUUCCUCAGCGACAAGGUGGUCAAACGGCCGGAAGAAAGAGUCAAGGUGGGGAUGACCGUCCACUGCAGGAUCAUGAAGAUCGACAUUGAGAAGUUCAGUGCCGACCUGACCUGCAGAACCUCCGACCUCAUGGACAGGAGCAACGAGUGGAAGCUGCCCAAGGACGCCCACUAUGACUUUGCGGACGAGGCCGCCGACCACAAGCAGGAGGAGGAGCUGAAGAGGAAGCAGCAGCGGACAACGUACAUCAAGCGGGUGAUCGCACACCCCUCCUUCCACAACAUCAACUUCAAGCAGGCCGAGAAGAUGAUGGAGACCAUGGACCAAGGGGACGUCAUCAUCCGGCCCAGCAGCAAAGGGGAGAAUCACCUGACCGUCACCUGGAAGGUGUGCGACAACAUCUACCAGCAUGUGGACGUGCGAGAGGAGGGCAAGGAGAACGCCUUCAGCCUGGGCUCCACCCUCUGGAUCAACACCGAGGAGUUUGAGGACCUAGAUGAGAUCGUGGCUCGCUACGUCCAGCCCAUGGCCUCCUUCGCCCGUGAUUUGCUGGGCCAUAAAUACUACCAAGAUUGCAACGGAGGAGACCGGAAGAAACUGGAGGAGCUGCUGGUUAAAACCAAGAAGGAGAAGCCCACCUUCAUCCCCUACUUCGUCUGCUCCUGCAAGGACCUCCCGGGCAAGUUCCUGCUGGGCUACCAGCCACGGGGCAAGCCGAGAAUCGAGUAUGUGACGGUGACGCCAGAGGGAUUCCGGUACCGCAACCACAUCUUCCCCACGGUCAACGGCCUUUUCCGGUGGUUCAAGGAUCACUACCAGGACCCUGUGCCAGGUGUCACUCCCAGCAGCAGCAGCAGAACCCGGACACCCGCCUCCAUCAACGCCACUCCGGCCAACAUCAACCUCGCAGACCUGACCCGAGCCGUCAACGCCUUGCCCCAAAACAUGACCUCCCAGAUGUUCAGCGCCAUCGCUGCUGUGACGGGGCAGGGGCAGAACGCCAACGCCACCCCUGCGCAGUGGGCUUCCAGUCAGUACGGCUACGGGGGCAGCGGCGGAGGCAGCAGCGCCUAUCACGUGAGUCUGGGCCCCACCCGAGUCGCCUGGCAGUGCCCCACCUCAGCUGGGCAGCAGGACAAGCGGGCAUUCCCAGCGACCCUCUGUGGGGCUUCUCCGUCACCCGGGUCACGGUUGUCCCAAAGGGGCUUCCCCCCCCCACACACAGUCCUGGUUGGUGUCCGUGGACGUGGUUCAUAA